AUGGUUCUUUCCAUCAACCCACUUUGCCCCGAGAUACAUCUUCCUCGACAGCCCGCCUGGACUUUCAAAGAGAAGCCUAAGCAAAUCAUGCACACCUCUCCAUCCGGACCACCACAGGCAUACCAAGGCGGAGAAAAUGACGGCGUCUCGACAAGGAAGUCACUGAGUCAGUAUCCUAAGCUGAAUAUAUCCCAACUCAAGUCUGGGCCAGUACAAGCAUGUGUUACCGGCAUUGUGGCCAACUUACAGAAUCAUAGUCCUGAAUCGACCACACCAAAUGGAGCUCGCGGGUGCGUCAAGAUUAUACUCAAGGAUGAAACCGGUGAAAUUCUGGUCAAUUUGUGGUUCCUUGACACCAAAUUUAACUUGAUUCUGAACCAUAUCGUCACGAUCUGGAUCACCUACUGCUCUUCAGCCUCAAACAUAUCACCACGGACGAAUUCGAGAGCCCUGACAGCAUCAGUCUCCACGAGCUUGUUCCCCGAGAGAAACGUUGGCUGCGGCCUCAGGAUCUUUCGGAAUGAUUCACAACUGCUGUCACCAGCGGACAGCGACUUGAGAUCAAGGGUGGCACGUGGCUUGGGUUGGGGUGCUAUAACAUCGCUUAAGUGCUUCAUCGGCGGUAACGCAAGCACUGAGAAUGUUCAGAUCCUGGUGUACGUGACGGGCAUCGGGCAUUGUGUCAUAGGAAGCAAAUCCCCGGCCAGAACCUCGCACCAAUUUCCUGCCAUUCCUGUCUUCGUCGUGGAUGAGUCCCGACCCCUCUCGCCGAUCAAACUCAUCUUCGAGAACCCCCUCCACGAAAGUGUCUCUCAAUUCAGGCCUCACCGUACGGUCCUCUUUGUCACAGAUCCUCGCCUUGUCGGCAAUCAGCUCCUUGUACUGUCGCAUCCCUCGAGAGUCCUCAUUGAUCCGAAUACUGUAGCUGCAAAUAAGUUGAGGAGAUACUUGGGACAACUUUCUCCGCCGUGCAAUAUGACUCCGGAAGAGAAUGGGCACUUGGAGGGUUCUGAGCUGGACGAGAUCUUCGGAGGUCCGCCACAGCUGAUGAGCCUACUGGAUUUCUGGACAUCGAUGUCAAAAGAUCCAGGAAAUCCUUGCCAGGCCGCCGUCCCAGUCAUCAUCACCUCGCUUUCUCUAGCACUCCUCUUCAGGAUGCAUGAAGCUCUCUUCUGCAUGACCUGUCCAUCAUGCUUCGCGGCGAGGUAUUCCAAUGAAGUCGAGUAUUGGUGCGAGUGUGAUGAGGAUGCCAGAAUGGAUAUGCGCCUCAAUCCGCAGUUUCUGUGUGGGUUUAGUGACGAGACUGCUGGUUACUUGCGCUUCCCAUCCUCCAUGGCAAAGAGCCCCCAUAAUCAAGGGGGACUCGCAACGGACCCGACAUGGUCGCCUUCAGGUAAUGAUUCGGUGUUCUGGACUGAUAAAGCAUGCACGUCGUUACUCGGCAUGACAACGAUCGAGAUCGAAAGUCUGGCCAUCCUACAAUCAAGUCAUGAUUGUCUAGCCACAUUGAACACCAUCGAGGAGAAACUGAAAUGGUCACGAGUCAUACUGUUGAUCGGCUGGACAGGUUCUGGAGGGCUUCGAGCUGGUGAUCAACCGGAGGAAUUCACGAUGUCACAUGCGGCAGGUAACCAGGCUCUGAACAAUGGAAGGAUGGUAAUUCUGGAUGCUGCUAAUGUUUGA